GUUCUCUUCACUCACUCAUCACAAUCACAAGUACCUUUCGCACACACUUCCCCUUAUUUCCGUGCGGAAACUGUUCCCUUUGGUCUCUUUCUUCUUCACACUUCACUGUUCACUCUUCCAACGCGAUCACAACAACCCUUCAACCAAAUUCACCAACAUCAACACAUUCCUCUGAUGGCGUUGCAAACAGCCGCUCCUCCAACUACUCCCAGUCCUGAAAUGGUUGGUAAUGCAUUUGUUGAGCAGUAUUACCAUAUUCUUCACCAUUCUCCAGAAUUGGUCUAUCGGUUUUAUCAGGAAUCUAGUGUGAUAAGCCGGCCUGAUUCCAAUGGUGUGAUGACAUCAGUUACAACCAUGAAAGGCAUUAACGAGAAGAUUCUUUCGCUAAAUUUUAAGGAAUUUAAAGCAGAGAUUAAGACCGCAGAUGCUCAAAAAUCGCACAAGGAAGGAGUCACUGUGCUUGUGACCGGAUGCUUGACUGGAAAGGAUAACUUGAGAAGAAAAUUUGCACAGUCGUUCUUCCUCGCUCCACAAGACAACGGCUUUUUCGUUCUGAAUGAUGUUUUUAGGUAUGUAGAAGACCCUGAACCUUCAGAACCGCAUCCAGUUAAUGGAGAUGAUGGGCCAAUUGCUGUUACUGUAACCUCAGAACCAGAACCUAUUCACAUUGCUGAUCCUUCUCCAACGGACCCCGCGAAUUCUCAUGUGAAAGAACGCCAAAUUGUUGCUGAUAAUGCUUAUGAGCCUUCUAACCAUCCUGAAACGCAGAUAGUUGCCGAAAAUGAAGACACUGUAGAACCUGAUUUUCAGUCAAAUGAGAAUGUUGAUUCUCAGGCAGCUGAAAUCACUUCUCUGUCUCAAGAGGAUGCUCCAAAGAAGUCUUACGCAUCGAUUGUUAAAGUCCUAAAAGGAAAUUUGGUACCGGCUAAAGUGUAUGUGCCAACUAAAACUGUAAAGAAUGUGCCAACUAAUACUGUAAAGAAGGCGACCAACAGAACUGAAAACAAAGUAGUUGAGUCGGUAGAACCUGCUGCAGUGCCUGAUGCAGCACCGGAUAAUGUUGGCAACCCUGAAAGUAAUGAUAGUAACGAGGAAGUCGAGGGACACUCCAUUUACAUUCGAAAUUUGCCGUUAAAUGUUACGGUUGCUCAGUUGGAAACAGAGUUUCAGAAAUUUGGACCAAUCAAGCCAGGAUGCAUCCAAGUCAGAAAUAAUAAGCAGCAGGGAUACUGUUUUGGCUUUGUUGAAUACCUAUCAGUAAAUUCAAUGAAUAAUGCAAUUCAGGCUUCACCUAUUCCUAUUGGGGGGCGUCAAGCUGUAGUUGAGAUUAAGAGAACCACUGCCCGAGUUGGCGGUGGCUCCGGCGGUAUUGGAAGACCUAGGUUUCCUUCGGGAAGAAGUGGAUAUCGAAAUGAUUCAUUUAGAGGUCGUGGAAAUUUCGGUGGUGGUCGGGGAUUUGGGCGAAACAACGACCAUGGAAACCGAGGUGAGUUUCCUAUUAGAGGUCGUGGUCCCGGUGGACGUGGAGAAAGUUAUCACCAAGGGAGAGGAAGAGGUGGUGGCCGGUCUAGUGUAUUUAAACAAAGUCCCGUUGCCACCGAAUGAUUUUUCGGAAGUUUUCUAAGGCCUUUUUUGGUAGGAUACAAACAUUGAAGAAAUCUUCAAAAUUUUCUUGCCACCCUUCAAAGACUUCUCAUAUGUUACUUUCACUGCAUUUGCACAGUUGUAGUAUUUCUAGUUGUUAUUUGCCAUGAUCUCAGUGGUUUAGCAAUGAUCAGAAAUAGGUUAUAUACUCUUUUUUAAGAUGGAAACAAAUAACAUGUCUGUAUUUGAUACUAUUAGAUUAACUGUUGUUUGUUAUUUUUUAUUUUUUGUUUCUAUGAACAAACAUUUAUAAAUUGAGAUGUUUAUUUUAAAAGGUUUAUUAUUCAUUUAAUUUAUAUAAA